CCAACAGCCCCGCGAUAAGGAAGUGUUUCUGUCGGUCUUCAGACGUUUUCAACUGAAACAGGAGUUCGUGUCGAGGCAGAAGCUCUGCUCCGAGACAAAAGACGCCGCGUGUUUGCAACUAUGCGCCGAUUAGCAGUCCGCUUCAUCAAGUGACACAUUUCCCCGCGAGUCCUUUGCCCGGUGAACCGUCAUGGGCCCCGGUGCUGCUGUUGCGCUGGUGUUUGUCGGCUGCUGCAGCAAUGUGGUGUCUCUCGAGCUGCUUGUGAGACAGUUUCCAGGAUGUGGCAACAUUGUCACCUUCGCUCAGUUUUUAUUCAUCGCGUUGGAAGGUUUCGUCUUUGAAACCAACUUCGGGAGGAAGAAACCAGCGAUCCCUGUCAGAAACUAUGUGAUCAUGGUGACCAUGUUCUUCACAGUCAGUGUGAUCAACAACUACGCUCUCAACUUCAACAUCGCCAUGCCGUUACACAUGAUCUUCAGAUCAGGAUCGCUAAUCGCAAACAUGAUCCUGGGAAUAAUCAUCCUGAAGAAAAGGUAUUCAGCAAGUAAAUAUCUGUCGAUAGCUUUAGUUUCAGCAGGUAUCUUCAUCUGCACCAUCAUGUCUGCCAAACAAGUGAAUGUGGCCAAUGAGGGAUCAGAAGAGGAGAGCUUUUAUGCCUUUGUGCGCUGGCUUAUAGGUAUCGGCAUGCUGACCUUUGCUCUGCUGAUGUCUGCGAGGAUGGGCAUCUUCCAGGAGACGUUGUACAAGCAGUACGGGAAACACUCCAAGGAAGCCCUCUUCUAUAAUCACUGCCUGCCUCUGCCAGGCUUCCUGCUUCUCUCCAGCGACAUCUACAGCCACUGUCUGUACUUCAGUCAGAGCACUCCUACAGUUGUUCCUGUGGUCGGACUCACUGUGCCGAUAAUGUGGCUCUACCUGCUGAUCAACGUCAUCACACAAUAUGUGUGCAUUCGCGGGGUUUUCAUCCUCACCACGGAGUGCGCCUCGUUGACCGUCACUCUGGUGGUGACGCUGAGAAAGUUCCUCAGCCUCAUCUUCUCCAUCAUGUACUUCCAGAACCCGUUCACCGGGUGGCACUGGGUGGGCACGGGGGUGGUGUUCUUGGGCACCCUGCUGUACACCGAGGUGUGGGGCAGCGUGCGGGCGGCUCUCCGUGGACCCGAUGUCAAGGAGAAGAAGGCGGAUUAGAGCGAAAGAAGAAGAAAGGACUAAGUCAGACGCCGCGUUGGACUUUGAGAUGGUUAUUGGCCGACUAUCCAGCAGUGAUUUUGUCAUUAAUCAUGUAAUUUUGUCUCUGCCGUAGUAAACCUGCCCCUCUCUCAAUCACUCACUCACACACAAAAGAAGGCUGGUGACCUUCUAUAUUUUCUUCGUAUCACUUUGUAUUUAAGACGACAGACUUGCUGGUCAACACAGUGAAACAUUUAGCAGUUAAAGACACAAAUAAUGGUUGUUUGAGACCUAAAACUGAGCAAAUAUUCAUCCUACAUUCAUCAGUUGAAUCUAUUCACUUUAUAAUUAUUCAAAAUACCCUCCAAAUGGAGCAGCAAACAAAUAUGGUCAGUGCAGAAGCAAAGCCUCCGUCCUCGGAUAAACAGCUAGCGCCUUUAGUGUUGUUGUCUGCGCGGUUAGCGGCGUUGGCUUCUAGCCACCAUGUUGAGAACUGUGUGGAGGCAAUCCUCUGGAUUUUGGGCUUUGAACUUUAGUUUCUGAUCGUACAUGAAUCAUUGAAAAUAAUUAGUUGCACCCUUAAUGUAAUGUAAUGUGUCACCAUCCCUAUUUAACCUAAGUACCUCAUUAGCAUUCACACAUGCAAAUAUAUCCUCUUACGAUAUAUAAAUGUCUAAGGAGGUGAUUCUGCAUUAUUUAAAGAAUAUACUGAGGGGAUAAUAUAUGGAGGUUACAUUACAGGUCGUUUAGCUGAAACUUUUAUCCAAAGCGACCUACAUUACAUUUUUAACCCAUGGCUUUUUACAUUUUUGCCCAGGGAGCAAUUAGGGGUUAGGUGUCUUGCUCAGGGACACUUCAACAAUGGGACAUGGGGCAGCGGGGGCUUGAACCACCAACCUUGCCGUUCCCAGCACUCCCUCGCUACCCCUGCACCACAACGACCCCAUGAGAUGUCACUGCUGUAUUUCUUUUUCCUCAUGUGUCAAACUGACUGAUGUAUCAGGGCAUCAUUUAAGCGAUGAAAACAUCACGUUGUACAGGCCGAUACUUCUUUACACUCCCUGCCCACUGAAAUUAAAAUGACAACUUGACUACAAA